GGGACGGCGGGAGGGGAUGGGGCACCGGGGGGCACCGGCCAGGGCGGGAGUCCAGGGAGAUGGUGGCCAUGGUGGGACUGGAGGGGACCGAAGGGACGUGGAGCAACGAGGGACACCGGGCAGGGCUCGCCAUGGCCCUGCCCCGCACGCUGGGGGAGCUGCAGCUGUACCGGGUGCUGCAACGCGCCAACCUGCUGGGCUACUACGAGACCUUCAUCCAGCAAGGGGGGGACGACGUGCAGCAGCUCUGCGAGGCGGGCGAGGAGGAGUUCCUGGAGAUCAUGGCGCUGGUGGGCAUGGCCACCAAGCCCCUCCACGUCCGCCGCCUCCAGAAGGCCCUGCGGGAGUGGGCCUCCAACCCGGGGCUCUUCAGCCAGCCCGUCUCGGCUGUCCCCGUCAGCAGCAUCCCGCUCUUCAAGCUCUCCGAGGCUGGCGGGCGCAAGGCGCUCAGCAACGGGCACACCAGUCCCGGCGAGACCGCGGGCAAGGGGAGUGGCAGUGCCGGGACGCCCCCAGCCCGCAGCCCCACGGAGCCAGGGGAGAAGCUGUCACCGUCAGCGGCACCGCCGUGGCCGGGAAGGAGCACCCCCGAGUCGGAGGGUGGUGGGGAUGAGGAGCCGGGAGGUCCCCCCUUCUCCCCGGGCGGGAGCAGCGGGGAGCAGGCGGUGGGCACGGAGCUGGAGCCGGAGCUGGCACGGACGGUGGUGGAGAGCGUGGAGCGGCUGCUGCAGAGCUGCCCCCGGGGCGGCGAGGCCGAGCUGCGGGCGCUGAUGAAGCUCAACAAGAAGCUGGCCAAGGCUGUGGGGCACAUCUUCCAGCUGGAGGAUGGUGACCGGCAGAAGGAGGAGGAGAUCCGGCGGCACAGCGCGAUCUACGGCCGCGGCGAGGCCCGGCGCCGCGAGGGCAAGCAGCUCACCCUGCACGAGCUCAUCAUCAACGAGGCGGCCGCCCAGUUCUGCCUGCGGGACAAUUCGCUGCUGCUGCGGCGCGUCGAGCUCUUCUCACUGUCACGACAGGUCGCACGGGAGAGCACCUACCUGUCCUCGCUCAAAGUCACCAGGGCCCAUCCCGAGGACAGCGGUACCGUCGUGGCCAAGCGGCUCAAGCAGGAGGCGGGAGAGCAGAGCCGCCCCGAGCUCCUGGCGCUGCCGGCGGGGCUGGAGCCCCCCGGGGCCGGGUACCGAGCCAGCUUGGAGGAGGACACGGGCAGCCUCUCCGGGGAGAGCCUCGACGGCCACUUGCAGGCGGCGGGGGCCUGUCCCCGGCUGACCCCUCCGCCCGGUGCGGCCCCGGACGUGCCCCUCGGCCUCGCUCCCCACGGCCUCUGGAGCCGCCACAUCCUCCAGCAGACGCUGAUGGACGAGGGGCUGCGCCUGGCCCGCCUGGUCUCGCACGAGCGCGUGGGGCGGCUCAGCCCCUGCCUGCCGGGGAAGCCCCCCGGACCAGAGUUCGAGGACGGGCUGGCAGAACGGGGUCCUCCGGCCCCGCCAGACCCCCCUCGGGGCACCAUCAAGGUGGAGCAGGAGACCAGCAGGCAGUGAGGCCCCUGUAGCCCCCCCGCCACCAUUAACGAAGCAAUAACGUGCUGGGGGACGGGUGCGGCGGCGCUCCGGGCCCGGGGAAUUUGGGUGGGGGGGGGUCUCAGCCACAGCCCCUCGGCCCCCUCCCGUCCCACACCGACGCUCUGGUUACCUCAGCCGCGGUGGGAUGCGACUCCCCGCAGCAGCAAUACCCUCAUCCUGCCCGGCUCUGCGUCCCCGCCGCCCCCCAGGGCUGGGGAGCCCUCAAUGGACUGGAGCCCCCUGUACAGCCCCCCCUGUGCUGACCGUCCCCACCCCGGCUCUGUCACCGCUCGGGGACAGACGCGUCGCACUGUGCGCUCCCACGUCAGCGCUGCCGCCCACGCCGGGCACACGGUUCCCCCCCCCCCCCCCACCCGCAGCGCCCACGCACCAGCCGCCAGCCCCCUCCCCGCAGCACGUGCCAGCUCACUGUGCGCCCCCCCUCUCAUCCUGCGACCCCCCCCCCACCACCCAGCACUGCAUCGGCUGUAAAUACCCCCCCCUCCUACCCCCGCAACCCCCGCACGCACCCCCCUGCACCCCGAUACCUGCGUGUGCUUCAAGCAUGGUCCCUGUGCCGGGGGGUGUCACACGUGCUGGGGGGUGUCACCCCCUCCCAGCACGAAGCAGGCGGCGUUUGACGGGCACUGGGGAGGUGCUGUUCCCUUCCCCCACCCUCCCAACCCCUCGGGGUUCCUCCUCCUUUCCCCCCCCACCAUCCCUACAAGCCGUGCCCAGCCCCGGGGUUCCCCCCACCCCCACCCCCCCGUUAGGACUGUGUGGUGUCUUUUUAGAGCAUUAGCGACUCUUCCUUUGUACCGUGUACAGUAGAUUAUUUAUUUUGUUAUUUUGGAAUAAAACUUUAUUUUAUGGCUUA